UCUGACGAAAUUGGGAGUAUAAAAUUGUGGAUCUAUCGCCUUUUGUGGGUCAUUUGAAUUCUUCGUGAACUUGCACCAGCAUCAAGAGCCUAAUUCUUGGGUUGUUUAUAAAUCCAGAAGACAAACCAUUGUUCGUCCAAGCUUCAAAAUAUUUGGCAUGACCUAUUGCUCUCACUUAAGACAGACAUUCGUGAUUUUGAGUGGUUCAGCGAUGUCCAAUAGAAACUCGGCCUUGGUAGCCUUCAGAUUUGCUCACGUGUCCUCCGGUUGUGAUACCUCUUGGUUUUGAUUAACUCCUUUCGUGUCUAGUUCUCUAACCAACAUUAAAGUACAACCACAUCUUUUGAAUUGGCAAUCACUCUAAUCCUAAAUUAAACUUAAACUUAAAAAAACGGAAUUCAAAAGAAAGGAUGUUUCGAUUUCCGGACGAGACUCGCCCCGCAAUGGCUGGCCUUGUUGGUGGCAGUUUCGCCACAUUGGCCUUGCAUCCCUUGGAUCUUCUCAAGAUUCGUCAAUCUGUUCAUGGAAAUGGAAAUAACCAAGUGGCGCGACAACAAUAUCAAUCAAUGAAAAGUGCUGUUCGCGGGAUUUUGGAGCGCGAAGGUGGACUUCGAGGCCUGUAUUCAGGCGUGGGAAUGAAUGUUCUUGUAUCUGGAAGCUCCUGGGGGAUCUAUUUUGCCACGUACGGAGCCAUCAAAGGCCAGAUAAAACGUAUGCAUGGCAACCAGCCCAUUGGCCAUUUGGAACAGCUUGGAGCCGCCUUUGGAGCCGGGGUUAUUACAACUCUGGUAACCAAUCCCAUGGGAGUGGUUCGCACUCGUGUGAUUGUCUCACAAAAGGAGGGCCAAUACAAGUCCAUGUGGGCUGCUCUGACUCACAUCCGGAAGGCAGAAGGCUUCAAUGGCCUCUAUAAAGGUCUACUUCCCAGUCUCCUUGGAGUGUCCCACGGAGCCAUUCAAUUUUCAGUUUACGAAAAGUUGAAAGAUACAAUCAAGACGAGGAAGGGAGACAUUAGUAUGCCAGAAACCAUUGGCGCUUGUGCUGUGUCAAAGGUCAUUGCGGCCCUCAUAACAUAUCCUUGCCAAAACUUGCGAUCGUGUCAGCAAGCUCAAUCUGGGGGACAACGAAUUUCGGCCAUGUCCAUGUUCCAAAAGGAGGGGAUGCGUGGAUUCUACCGCGGAUUGGGACCGUAUCUUCUCCAUGUCAUUCCUAAUGUUUGUAUGGUUUUCCUCGUAUACGAGGUAGUGGUCAAUGGAAGCAAGUGAUUUAUUCCUAAUGGCUAACUCGCCCAAUGAUUGAACUGAAAAUGAUAGACUAAUAACAUAACAUCGCAUUUUUCUGUUAUUUCAAUGCCGGUAUGUGAAAUGUGAAUGUGAAAUUCGAUAUUUUUCAAUGGAAUAAAGAACAGAAAUUUGA